AUGUUUUUCGUGAUGACCCUCUGGAAUGCCACCUGGCACGGCCCCAGCAAGUACAAGUAUGAGAUGAUGCUCACGAUUUCCGCCGCCCUGAUGGCCUUAGUCAUGGGGGUCGUGUCCGUCUACAUAUUUCCAGAGUUUGCGAUCGACAACGUAUACGGCCUGCACCACCAAGGCCUGCACUCCCUCGCCUGCCUAUGCGCCAACGCGCUCGGCCGCCGGCCCCCAAAGGCCAUCGUGAAAGUCGAGGCGUUCGACUUGGAUGUGUCGGUCAUCAACUUCAAAGCCACCCUCCGCGGCAGCAAGCGCGCGCUCCGUGCACGCGGGGCCGGCGGCGGCGGCUGCUGGCCGGCGCUGCGGGGGCGCUGGGGGCGCACAAGCACGGGCGCGGGCGCGGGCGCCGCGGGCCAGCCGCCGAGCGACGCGCCGGCGCCCGGCAGGCGUGCCGCGGCCACAGUGGCGUCCCCGACGCCAGCGGACGACGCCGCCGAGGUGUUCAGGCCCGACGGCCGCGCCCGCAGGGCGGGCUCUCUGGGGAUGGACCUGGGCCCGACACCCUCCAAGGCUGCCCACGUGCUCCCGCGCGCCAACACGCUCGACGCGGCCAGCCCCUUCGCGUCCGAGUUGUACUCGGCCCUCCCGGCCACCCGCAAGCACCCGGCCCCCGCCCACGCCAGCCACGCGCCGCCGCUCGCGCCGCCCGCGCCGGGCGGCGCGGCCUCCUGCGCGCCGCCCGGCGGCGGGGCUCCCGGCGGUGCGGCGUCGAAGGGGGCGGUCGGGGCGCGGCCGUCGGCGGCGGAGCGGCUGAGGGCGCAGGCCGAGUGGUUCAAGGUCGUGAGGGCCGUCGAAAUGGCUAAGGGCGCGUGCGGCGAGGCGGAGUGCGAAUACUAUCUGGGCAGCAUAGCUGGCUGGAGGGUGAUCCUGCCGACGGGCAGUUUCUUCCCCUGCACGAGACGCCAGCUGGACUGUGCGGCCUUGGGCCAGCUGGGGGAGCGCACCUGCAGCAUGGUGGUGGAGGUCAACAAGCUGACGACGCUGCUGGCGCGCGCGGCGGAGGCGGCGCCGCAGCUGGUGGGGGUGCUGGCGGGCAGCGACGACUGGGCUGAGGUGGAGGAGGCCCUGCUGGGCACGUUGCAGGAUAUAUGGGCCUACUUUCCAAGCCGCUACGUGCCUCCGGCGGUGCCCAUCCCCACCACCAACCUCUGCCGCUUCCUGCGCGCAGUCCAGCAGCUUCCCGCCACCUUCCACCUCCUCCGGGAAGCCAGCACCAUGGGCGUCCCUGCCAGCGCGGGUGGCGGGCGGCGCUGGGGCCAGUCCAACGGCGCCGCUGUGCAGUCCGUGCAGUCCGUGCGGUUCGACCUCGGGUCAGGGCCCAUUUCGCCCGCUUCAACCUACAAAACCGCUAAACAGCAGUUCAGCAACGACGCGCUCGGGACCAUUCCCAGCCUGCACGGCAACGACCAUGGCAGCAACCCUUUGUCGCCGCCGCCCCCGGCCGGCGGCGGCGGCGGCGCUGGGACCGGCGGCCCCGCGCACGCGCAGGGCGGCCACUUGGUCAUGCACACAUCAAGGGACUCGUGCGAGGUCGCGCUGACGUGGCGGCCGGACGACAGCUGGGCGGAAGCUGCAGCCUCCAUGAGAUGGCUCCUGCUGACGGCGCAGCUGAAGGUUUUUGGCCGUGAGCUGUCACGCCUCCACGACAGCGCACGGCACGCGGCGGGCGCGAUCCGCGGCGGCAGGGCCGCCGCGGCGCGCGGGAGCACUUCAAAAGGCGAAGGGGCCGCAGAGCCCUGA